AUGUAGAGUAAUCACUGUGCUUCAAAUACUGAAAUUUUGAUAGUAUUCAAUGAAAUAUAAACAAAGAUAGUGCAUGUUGUAAUAGGUGGCAUACAUAAAGUUGCAGGCACUUUGUUUACCGAUAAAGGGCACUUCAGAUUACGGAGACUUUCAACAAAGCGGGCACUCUAAAAACUGAGUUUUAUCUUCUACCUUAAAUGCAUUUAUUUAUAUUAUGGCUAUUCAUACGUAACAUUUUGAAAAUAUAUUUUUCAAAAAUCACAUUACUGUUAAUUUAUACUAUGUUUAUUAUAAUUGCAAUUUUCAAAUGAGAUAAUAUUUAGUAUUAAAUAAAUGUGUACAUAACACACACAAACAAACACACACACACAUACAUGUUUAUAUAUACAUAUAUAUAAGCCUCGCUCUGUAAAAAGGGGGUUCAAUGCAUGGGCGUAAAGUAUCGUUCCAGCUUAGCCUGUGCAAUACACACAGGCUUAUCAGGGACGACACUUUGCGCCGUUAUUGUACUUUUCUUUUAGAGGCAGACUCUUCUUGACGAAAAUCCAGUUUAGGAGGAAAGUGUCGUCGCUGAUUAUAUUAAAAACAAAGACGGAUAUGCAUAACUUUUUACACCACUGUCGUGUGAUUAAAUCGACCACGCCCGUUCUUUUAUUGCUAUUUUCGUUUACUGGCAUUGAGCCAAAAAGUUCCAAUAGAAUUUCGGACCUGCAUCGCUGCUGAUAUUAAUCUCUGAGAGGCAGUUUAAGCAGAGUGAUUAUUCAUGACAUGCUAUAUAAUAUAUAAGUAAAUAGCCUUAGUACCUUCAUUUGGACAUAAAGAUAAAUGCUUUAGAUCAGCCGUUUAGAACGUAAUUUAAAAUAUAUGGUCAUAUAGAUUUUACUCAUUAGACAUAUCCAAUUUGUUUAACAUUUAUCUUUCACAUUUAUACCAAAUCAUAAUCAUAUUUCAAAGGGAUAAGAACAUGCUUCGGUAAUUCGUUUUUUAUUUGCGUACUAAGUACAUACAUUUUUAUUUAUUGCCUGCUUACUUUAACAGUAUUCCACAGCGAAUUCUGCAUUUUUGAUUCACAAAAAACGAGUGUGUUAUAUCUGGAAAAAAGUGUCUAGAUGUCGGGAAACAAAGUGCCCUUGUUUUUUAGAUGAUCGGUAAACGAAGUGCAGAUGAAAAAUGUGCAUGCGACUCUUAAAACAUUUGAAUUUUCUCAAAUACAUUAGUAAACUAAAAUGUAACAUGUUGUAACAUUACUGGAUAUAUUGAUCUUUUAUUUCGAAUAGUUAGCACGUUCUUGAUUUAUUUCCAAGUAUGUUUAUUUUGUUAAAAUAUGUACUGAUCAUUCAAUUCAUGCUGAUUAUCGAUGGAAUUUUAUCGUUUUUUUUUAAUAAUUCACCGUUUUUCCGCAAAUUUCUUUCUUCGCAAUACGAAGUGCUACACCAUUAAUCACCCAAACAAUGUUCUGUGUCUAAAAACCAAAUAAACAGAACAUAAAUACAAAAAAGCUGAAGAACACACCUCUCGCGCGUGGCUUUUGUUGUUCUCUGUUAAUGAAGUGCCAUCCGUCAACGAAGUAUUCGCAUACCCGGCGUGAAACAGCAGUGAAUGUGUGCGUGGAUUAUGUUGGAAUUUAAUGCCUCAUGUCUACGGCAUUCAUUCAACAUAUACUCAGCCGUAGUGUUUGCGGCCGCAUGCCUCGCACAGCUUGCAACGACAACCUCUCUGCACGACAUCAUCAGACAGCCAAAGUACUGGAACACCCUGCACAAGCGCCAGCACGCCGAGGCAACACACGAACAGAUGUGUUUCACAAUUCCUCAUCUGCAAGCACUGAAAGACCAGUUUGCUACCUACAUUGACACGAACCGCGACGAAAGGGCAAGCAAGGUGGAGAUAUUAGACUACCUUAGGAAGUACAACCCAAAUGUCACGCCUGAUCAGGUGAAGGAAUUCAUAGCAAGACGAGACCAAGACGGCGACGGAUCCGUUGACUUUAUUCCUGACUACCUCAUGGAGGUCAGUUCUCCGGACUUUGACGUGAAAAGCGCCAAGGAAUGGUUCAAUCUCGAGGACACCAAUGGCGACGGGUUUGUGUCACGCGAAGAACUCGUUGACAUAGCAACGAAGGUUGGGAUGCCGAAAAAAGAGGCGGAGAGAACGGUGUCCGGCUAUUACAUGUCAGCAGAUAGGAAUGGCGACGACAAAUUGUCUUGGGAAGAGUACCAGCCUUUGUUCCUGGCUAAGUAAUCACUAUUCUACAGAAAAAGAUGAAUCAAUCAAGAAACAUUACUAGGGCAAACAAACUGUUCAUUUGAUUCAUUUUUCGUGUUUUUUUCUCAAAUGGAAUACUAUCUGUCAUACAAUGAACUGUUAUUAGCAUGUUGUUAUAUAAGCAUUUUUUUUGGGUAAAAUU